AUGGAUCAUCCUCCGGGGGAACGACAAAGCAUCGUAGUCGGUGAUUUCCACUAUUUUGUGAAGAAUGCUCCUCAUCGCCAGAAUUACUAUGAACUUGAGCACGCAUUGAAUUCGGCGGACUUGGCGAAUGCGCUAGCUGGUGAAAAGAAAGGCACUCCUCCACCCAAGACGAAGGCAGAUGACAAACCUCAUGCAGCGGACGAGAAUACAACCAACUAUCUAGCCCGUCGCAAAGCGAGAAAGUUGACUACCGGCAUGGCUGAACCGCGAGUUAGACUUACUCGACAUCAGGGCCAGCUGAAUUUUGGGAAUGAGUUACGCCACCUUCUACACGCCUAUGGCGACCCAUCCCCACACCCCUCUUACCCUCAGGAACCCCUCCCCGAAACCCUCCGCGUCCUCGACGAGAUCGUUACAGACUUCAUAAUCGAAACCUGCCACUCCGCUGCCCAGUGCGCCACCUACUCGCGCCGCCAGAAGAUCAAAGUCGAUGACUUCCGCUUCGCCCUGCGCCGUGACCCGGUCAAACUAGGCCGUGUGCAGGAGCUGUUCCGCAUCGAGCGUGAACUCAAGGAGGCGAGGAGGGCGUUUGAUCAGAACGAUGACCAGGUUGCGGCUAGUGGGAAGAAGGGGUUAGAGGAGUUGGCGGAAUCAGUUGUUGAGGGUGGGGAUGGGUCUUCUGCUGCGGCUGCGGGGGCGAAGAAAGGGAAGGGCAAGGCUUCGUCUGUUUCGGUUGCGGGGAAGAGGGCAGUUGAUACAGCUUCCGAGGGGGUUGUUGCGAAGAAGAGAAAGAGUGUUGCUGGUGGUUCUGUUACUUGA